AAAGUUGGAAACUUGACAACGUUGACAUUAUCGUGAUCUCUUUCCCCGAAUGCAUUCUCGCUAUAUUCCUCCCCAUCUUACGUCGUAAAGAUUGCUUUCAAGGGCCCUCGCUAACAGGCUCGUGAUCUGCUUCACACCGUACUCUAAUGGCAACGGCAGCUCUUCUCUCACAACACUCCUCGAACCCUCUCGAGGUUUCUUCCUCCGAUAUCCGAAACCGAACAGCUGUUCGAAAGUAUCGAGAGGCCACAAAGACGCGUUAUUUCGCCGGUCAUAUCGCUUCUUCUGCCAUUAGUGAUGCCCUAAGUGGCUUCCAUCCUCCUGAACUCGAACAAUACCACGACCACCUUGCCACUUUAUACCCUGACUCCAACAUACCCCAGAACCAGUCUAAACAGAAGCAUACAGCCAUGCGUAUGGUCGACCUCGAUGAAGACAUGCCUAGCGAGCCUGACCUCUCAAUGGGUGAGGCAGCGAGCGAAGACGAAGGAUAUGGCGACGAGGACGCUGAGGGAGAGGAUGACCCCGACAUUGUGGAUGGCGAUGAUGUAUACGAAGGUACAGAUGAGGAAAUGACACUAUUACUCAAGUCCAACGAGGAGCAGCAAGAGAUACAAGAAGAGAUAGCUGAACUUGAAGCUGCCGUACCUCAACUAUCACCGGACUACAAGAUCCUCGACCGGCUAGGUACAGGAACGUUCUCAUCCGUAUACAAAGCUCUAGAUCUUGGAUACCAUGACAAGUGGGAUAACGCUGCCUGGCAUGGAACUCAUCCACCUUCUUCGUCAGCUUGGUACCAGUCGACACCUCGGCCACCGAGUAGCAAGGUCUUCGUCGCAGUAAAGCGCAUAUAUGUUACUAGUGGGCCAGAACGCAUUCGUAACGAAUUAGCAAUUAUGGAGGACUGUCGGAUGUGUCGACAUAUUUCCCAAAUUAUCACUGCGUUUCGACAUCAAGAUCAGGUUGUGGCUAUUAUGCCAUUUCAUCGCAACGAAGACUUUAGGGAUUAUUACCGCGUGCUACCUCUUGAAGGCAUAAAGCAGUACUUCCGGUGCUUAUUUCGCGCAUUUCGUGAUAUCCACGCACGCCAAGUCAUACAUCGCGACGUGAAGCCUGCCAAUUUCCUAUUCGACCCACGUACCGGGAUCGGAACAUUGUGCGACUUCGGCCUCGCCUGCCGAAUGGAGCGCGGGCCUAAAUUGGGAGCAUGUUUACAUACAGCACCAACGAGAGCACAUCCACAUGGGCGUAUCAAGCCUCCAGACGAGUACGACAUUAAUCAUAUCAAGAAGAUGCAGAAAGAAGCACGUCUAAGGUGUAACAUUCCAUCAGAUAAAGUAGGAUAUCCUGAGAAGGACAAUCGACCACAUUCAAAAGCGAACCGUGCGGGUACCAGAGGCUUCCGUGCACCUGAGGUUCUGUUGAAAUGCGGCGAGCAAACGGGAGCGAUCGAUAUGUGGUCGGCGGGAAUGAUUCUCUUGUUCUUCCUUACGAAGAAGUUCCCACUCUUCCAGUCUAGUGAUGACAUUGAAGCCCUCAUGGAAAUUGCGUCCAUUGUUGGCCGCAAACGUAUGGAGAAAACAGCCACUCUCCAUAAUCGUGUCUUUCAAACAAAUGUCCCUUCCGUCACAAACGAGGGAAUAACAUGGCGUGAAUUUGUCGAAAAGCUCAAUCCUGACCUUCGCAUCCCACCUAAACCAGAUCCACGCUACUACCCAUAUACUUGUCACACUCGACAUCGAACACAUCCGCCUCCUUCCUCAUCAUCUCCCCGUUCGCGAUACUCAUCUUCACGCUCCCCAUCACCAGGACCUCCAGAUCCCCAAACAUAUGCACAAGAAAUGGAACAUGCACUCGACCUUGUUGAACAACUCAUGCAUCCGGAAUCAGUACGACGUAUAACACCUCGGAAAGCUCUCUAUCACCCGUUUCUUCGAGACGAAGACGAAGUGGAAGACGACGAGUUCUUCCCUCAUCCGUUUGGUGAGGGAAUCUGUGCGGAAUGGCAUUUCCUCGACCCGGAUACAGAAGAGCCAUGUGUGAGGGUUUUUGUGAAUAACGGGAGGAAUGGGGAUGAAACCGAGGUGAGGAGAUUAUGCGAGGGAGAGGGUAUCGCUAUUGGGAAGCAGCCCUGCGAGUUUCACAAGGAGGAGUAUGGGUAUAUGUUUAGCUAACGUAUACCAUUUUUUCAAUGCCAGUAGGAAGGCACAAGUGUAUGUACAUUACAUUACGUCCUUCAAAGUCACUACUGUACAUAGUCGAUUAAACUACAGGGUGGAAACCGCACCGCAUAUAAAACAAAAUGACCACCGCAGGACUCGAACCUGCAAC